AUGCGCUUCUCUAUUUAUCUCGGAGCUCUUCUGCUGGCCCCAAUGUCCGCCCUGGCCAGCCCAACUAUCGCUGUCGAUUCCAAUUCGAACAUUCUCCGCCGCGAGAACAAUCUAAGUCCCUCCCAAGGACGCGUGAGCCCUGCACAUGUCCUGGCUCGCUCCCCUCGACCCGAUUCAGACGACGACGAUGUCGAGUGUUCAAGCAGCCAAGUCAAGUGCGGAAAUGCCUGCUUCCCGGAAUCUUACAGCUGUUGUCCCAACGAUUUCUCCGGAGGAUGUCCUUCGGAUAAAGAAUGCCGGAAGAGAAACAGCCGUUAUGGUUGCUGCGAUGAUGACGACGAUGACCACUGUCGCUACGAUGACGAUGACGGCCGUAGCAUCUUUGACAAGGCUGAGGAUAUCGGUGAUAACGUGAAGGACAAGUGGGAUGACUUCUGGGGCAACGAUGGUCCCUCUCUCAAGCCAGAGCUCCGCAUCAUGGGCGGAUUGACGGGAUUAGCUGUUGCGAUGAGCUUAUUCUUGAUGUGA